GUUAAAACUAGCGGCCGCAUCUGACGUUGAUAAAUACAUUGUUAAAUUGAAUUAGUGUUCUUUAUACUCGAUUUCAUUGGAAUCGUUUUUCAACUUAUAAAGCUUUAAAAUGCUUAAGAACCUGGUUAUGUUCGCACGUUUUCAGAUACGAUUGCACGGGACGAGCAAGGAAGUAAAUCGUCUUCUGCACGUCGGAAGCCGGUGUAUGACGACCGUCGAAACUAAUAAUGCCACGGAAAUGCCACGACUGGAGAAAUCGAUUAAUCAAGUUACUCUACUCGGAAGGGUAGGUAACGAGCCACAAAAACGAGGAACGGAAGAACAUCCUGUUAUAACGUUCUCAAUAGCCACGCAUGAAUUGUACAAGUACGAGACUGGUGACUAUGUUCAGCGAACUAAUUGGCACAGAAUCUGUGUAUUCAGGCCCAAAUUAAGAGAUACUGUGUACAAUUACUUGAGGAAGGGCCAACGAGUUUUAGUUAAUGGUAGAUUAAGCUAUGGGGAAGUAAAAGAUGAAGAUGGGCAAGUCAGACCCACUACCGCUAUUAUAGCGGAUGACGUGAUAUUUUUUUCACCUUCUUAAUACGCCCUCGUCUUCAAAUUAGAUUUAAAGUGCAUAUAUUUUUCGGAGUAAUUAUUAAUCUUUUUAAUUCAUAUAUGAUCUGGCACAAUGGCUCGCGAAUGAAUAUGGAAAACCAAGAAUGACCAAGGGAAUUAAUUAAUGGGAUGUUUAAGAAAAGGCAAGAAUAUCUUAAUAAGUAAAUAAGUCUAUAUUUACAAUACUCAUCUGUCAUCUCUCCGUAACAAGUUACAUAAUAAAAUGGUGCUAUGCCUAGAAUUUUACAAGUGUUAUAUGUUUUUAUACACGAUACUCUCAUUCACGCAACAUUGAAUAUUUCUUCGACGAUUCAGUCAAAAAUCUACCUGUUCAAAUAAUUCUGUAUCAGCUUCCUCUGCAGAUCCAUCCACGUAUAAAUUAUGUACACUUUAUGAACGAAAAUUAAAGAUAUAUAUUUAUAUAUAUAUAUAUACGUAUUUAUAUAUAUAAAUUUGUGUGCUGUGUGAGGUGUGUGUGUAUACAUAUUUCUCUUAUUAUCUCAUUUAUAUAAUGCUCUCUUAAAACUUGCACUCUCUAUUUGUCUCUUUCUCUCUCUUUCGCGCGCUUGCUUAUUUAAUUAAUUACUUAUUAACUCUUACGCCACUUUACCUUACAGAGAUCACAGUAUACAAAGAAGCCAGAUAAAGGUUUCGAUUCUAUCAAAGACUUACGCAUUCAUUCCCCCAUUCGCUCGCAGUCCGACGCACACGCACCUCGUACCGAAUCCCUGUUGCUUGUUUCGUCUGAUUUCCGAUUCUCUCUAUCGUGUGAAAAAAUAUUCAUAUAUUUCCCUCUGUCUAUCGACAAUAUUUUUCGACCUUCCGUCCUGUAUAUCCCCCGACUUAUCUUUUCGAUAGAGGUAACCGGGCAAGGCCCUAGCGUCCUGGUCGUGGAAUGUAAGCCACAGAGUCCUCGUGCAACCGCAUAGAAAUUUCGAAUAUAAAUUUUGGUAGUAAA